UGGCUGUGUGUGGCUGUACAUUUUUUCCCCCCUCGCAGUGUUAUUGUAUCUUGAGAACAACAGAGGCAACUCGGACAGAUAGAAGUUACAGGAAGUUACACUCAAGGGAGUGGUGAGGGAGAGAGGAGAAGAAGGAGGCGAAAGGAGGUCUGUUUUGCCUUUGGAUUAGUAUAGACGGGCUAUUCUAUACUACCAUGGCCUCAGGAGGAUCUUCCAAUGAUGAGCAAAACACAACAGAUGAGCAAAUUACUGAGGCCAUCAUGAUGAGGGUUCUGCGAGAUGAGCUGAGGCAGGCUGAGCUUCCUGCAGGGGUAGCCAUGCCUCCUCUUCCUGAGACGAAGCCCUUACCUGAUAAAGACGACAUCCUGACCACCCAGCUUGCCCAGACCAUCAAGAUCAUCGGAGAUGACCUCGUCAAACACAAGCCGCUAAACGACACUAUCGAUGGGCUGGCGAGGACUAUUAUGGCCAACCCCCAGUCUUUCUCCCAGAACAUAUUCCAGGUGGCACAGCAGGUCUUUGCAGACGGCAUCAACUGGGGCAGGAUAGUCGUGCUGAUCUACACCGUCGCAAAGCUCAUUGUAAAGAUGGUGUUGGCUCGUCUGCCAGAGCAGGUCACAGCCAUCCUGUCCUGGACUCUUGACUACUUCAAGACCAACUUGCUGCAGUGGGUCAUCAAGAUGGGAGGAUGGUUUUGCAGCAUCGCUCCCAUCACUUGCUUCCGGAUCGAGUCGGUACCGGGUCUCAUCCCCACAGAGCCUCCCUCUGGCCAGGCCAUCGGGCUCGCAUGCUUCCUGGGCGGCAUCGUACUGGGAAGCUGCCUCGUUCUUGUGCUGAAAGGCAAAACUCAACACUGAGGGAAGGGAGGAGCAUGCUGCCCUACAAAGGCAAAGUGCUGUAACCAGGGUCGGAUUAAGAGAGACUGGGGCCCCUAGGCUACAGAUUGCUUUUGGGCCCCCUGGAGGACAAAUUUCUUGAUAAAUUUACAUAGACAGUGUCAUAAUUAUGAGAUAGGAGUUAAGGAAAACAUGUCUACCAACUGUACGCAACACCACAGGUGAAUUUUUCAAUAUUGCGUCAUGUCACAAUUGUAGAAUUUUUCACUUUUAGCCAUUCAGGGGGCCCCUGGGAGGUGGGGGCCCCUAGGCUGCAGCAAUAUCUAGCCUGUGCAUUAAUCCGGACCUGGCUGUAACUAGACCAACAGAAACUGAGACAAAUGCAGUCAAAGCCUUGAUAUGAUAUAAGGUUGGAUAUUGUAAUUACUGCCAAUUUGUCAAAGCAAUAUCUCUAGAAAAGGGGGACACAUUUGGAGCCCCAAGGUUUUGUCACAAGAUAAAGGGGAUGUAAUGACUACUUUUUUCAGUCUAAACUCAAUUUUGACUACAUAUAUCGUCAAACUUUGCAGUUGAACUUUGCCUUUGUAGGGCAGCGAUGACGUUGCCUGGCUCUUGCCCGACCUGUAGUUCCACGCAGCUUCAUGAGCUCCAGAGCUCAAAACGCACAGAGGUCUGGUAGGAACCAGGAUAGUGAUGACGAGGGACUAUGGGUAGAGAUCAGGCUUGUACGAAAUUCCGAACUGGAUGAAUUUGAACUCAAAGUAAUGCCAUAAUACUAACACUAGGUGGUGUCAUUACCUUGAAUUUCUUUGAAUUUAAGCUACACCACCCAUUGAGAUUAUAUAGAACACCACCACCUAGUGUUCGUAUUAUGGCAUUACAUUGAAUUCAAAUUCAGCCAAUUCGGAAUUUCGUACAAGCCUGGUAGAGAUGUCUAGAUGAACACUUCCAAUUGUAGCGAUGGAAUUUUAGGAUGUAGUAGCAGCAGUGCCAAUUAUGACAAUGUUUUUUUUUUGCUUUCUCAUCUACACUAUACUAUCAAAUCUAGCAUAGCACAAGUAUGUUAAUCAAUGUAUAUUUUCCAAGUAUCAAUGCUCUAUUUUUUCAUGUAUUUUUUUAACCAUUCAAAAACACCAGCAAUAAUAGUGUGGUAUCCGUCAUAGGAUAACCCUGUGGUUCUCAAACUUGGGGGUCGGGAUCCCUAAAUCCAGGCUCAAACUACACGACUCACAAUUGUGUCCGAUUUUGACGUUGGGGUGCACCGCACACUAGAAGGGAAUCGCAACUGUCAAUCUUAUCGCUGCUCCCAGCCACCGAGACAAUGCCCAACGUUCUAUUUCCAGUCGCAAAUAUCAAACAGCGUUUGAAUUCUACGGUUUGUGAUCGGCGACUCUCUGAGCUGUUAAAGUUCUAUCUUAGAACGUCGCACACGACGAGGAAAUCUUCCCCGACAAUCGCCUGCGAUGGUCCUGGGGGGUAACAUUCCAGCGAUUGUUGUAAGGGGGGUUUUCAGCUGAGAAUCGGGCCGAUAGUCGCGUAGUUUGAGCCAGGUUUAAGGGGGUCACGGGGGUAGUGAAGGGUGCUCGCGGACCAAAGGGACAGUGCAUAAAAAUGGGAACUCCACAGUUUAGCAGCUAAUAGCUUAUAGAUGUACAAAUGUAUUUGCUUUCCUGUGGAUUACUAGCAAUAUUAGCGGACAGACUAUUAAUGGAAAAUCUAGCAAUAUUAAUGGACAAAGAAGUUUCUCCAUUAAUAUUGCCAUUAAGAUUUUCCAUGAAUAGUUUGUCCGCUAAUAUUGCUAGAAAUCCAUUGCUAGGCCAAGACUAUGGUGGGUGGGUACGGGGGUGUCACAAAAAUAUUCUUGAGUCCAAAAGGGCAAGAGGGGGUUCCCGCUGAAUAAGUUUGGGAACCACUGGGCUAAUCAAUGGAUACCUAAACUCCACCGGGAUCCAAUCACAAAAGUGCCAUUUAGAAAAGAAAAGUAGAUGUUUUACAUCAGGAAACGUGGAAUCUACCUCCUGUCCCCAAUCAACUAAUUUAAUAAUCAGGUACACGUCUUUGUUUAUAGCUCUGCUUCUGAAUAUUUAUUCGUGAGAAAGUUUACAAUAUAAGAGGCCGUUAUGGAAUUUCAUGAAGUAAGAUGUGAUAAUGGGUUAUUUUGGGUGUGGGAAUUUCUCUUUUUAAAUAACAUGAAUUUCAUACUGUGUACAUCAUACUUUUUCACUGUGAUUUGACAUUAUAUAUAUAUUUAUAAAAUAUGUAUUGCAUGACAAAUACAACUCCUGCCCCACACUUACAGCA